AUGAUCACGCACUUUGUUGUUCCAGAAAUGCUUCCAGACACAAUCAAGCAGCGGCUCAUCACUUGGCUCGAAGAGCACCGGGAACUAGUCGUGUUGGUGUUUUGCUUACCAGCCAGCUUCUUGUUCACGUUGCUACUGAAGGUCAGGGCCUGGCUGAGGAGGCUGGGCGGUGGACAACAGCAUGAAGUUGCGGUUAGGGAGAUACAGAGGAGGGUCCAAGAUUGGAACAAACUACCAGCUAAAGAGCGUCGCCUCCUUUGCACAUCUAGACCGAACUGGCUGUCGCUGUCCACAACAUUCUUCCAGAAGCAUCUGCACCAUCGGGUGCCGAUACCGCUCUACGAAAUCCUAGAGCUAGACGAGCAGGCCAUGACAGUCAAGGUGGAACCGAUGGUAACCAUUGGUGAUAUCACUGAGUAUCUCAUACCGAGGGGUUACUCGUUAGCGGUGACCAUCGAAUUGGUGGAUGCCACUUUAGGAGGUCUCGCAUUCGGCACAGGGAUGUCGACUCACUCCCACAAAGCCGGUCUGUACCAUGAAACGAUCACAAGCUACGAGGUGGUCCUCAGCGAUGGAUCCUUAGUCACGGCAACCGCUGACAACGAGUACGCCGACCUUUACAAGGCAUUGCCGUGGUCACAUGGCAGCCUUGGCUUUCUCGUCGCCUUGACCUUGAGAAUUGUUAAAAUAAAACCUUACAUUAAGCUAAAAUACACUCCAGUAUCGGGGCAGAAGAACUAUUGUGAUAUGCUGAGAAACCUGUCAGGAGCUAACGAAGCCAAGCCAUCAGUGCAUCCCGAUUACAUAGAAGGUACAAUCUUCAGUAGAGAUCGGGCCGUUAUCAUGACGGGAGACUAUUCCGACUACGAUCCAAAAUUGCCCGUAAAUCACUGCGCUAAAUGGUUCAAACCGUGGUUCUAUAAACACGUUGAGUCGUUUCUAGCAAAGGGCGAGACUGUCGAACUCAUACCCUUGCGCGAUUAUUUGUUACGUCACAACCGACCGAUCUUCUGGGUGGUCGAAGACAUGUUGUCCUUCGGAAACGAUCCCAUAUUUAGAUCUCUAUUCGGGUGGCUUUUGCCGCCAAAACCGGCCUUCUUGAAAUUCACAACUACUCCUGGAGUACGCGCUUACACAUUCACGAAGCAAGUGUUCCAAGACAUAGUCCUACCAAUAGCCGAAUUGGAAAAACAAAUUGAAAUAGCCAGUAUAUUAUUCGAGAAGUUUCCUCUAUUGGUCUAUCCGUGCAAAAUUAUAGAUCAUGGGUCAUCAUCGGGGCAGCUCAAGCGACCAGAUAAAAAAUACCUUGUUCCGGGUACAAACUACGCAAUGUAUAACGAUUUAGGCGUUUACGGAGUUCCAGGUAAAGUGAAGGCUAAAAAGCCAUACAACCCCGUAGCUGCUAUGAGGGAGAUGGAGAAGUUCACGAGGGAAGUUGGUGGUUACUCGUUCCUCUAUGCCGAUAUAUUCAUGACAAGAGAAGAAUUUUGCGAGAUGUUCGAUCUAAGUCUGUAUGAAGAAGUGAGGAAGAAGUACAAAGCUGAAGGAGCAUUCCCUCAUUUGUAUGACAAAGUUAAGCCAGAAAUAGAUGUGUUUGCUAUUGGUGAACAGAAUGCGAUACAAGGUUGA